AUGGCCGCCUUGUCAUCCCUCGGCCUCAACCUACGCCUCGCCGACAUUGACGAGAACCUCAAGUCCCACUCAGCCGCCCUAUCGUGGCCCAACUCGAGUUUUUGCGCAAGUGCCGCGUCUGCCAGCCACGACUUCCUAGACGAUGCACCCUGCUUCACCUACACUGAAGUGUUUGAGAGCGGCGAUGUUUUCCAAGCCGUUUCGCCUGGCUCGGGCGUCUAUCUGCCCCUUCACUCAUCAUCGCCUGGUCCUCUACCGGCAUUCGCCGUUUCCAAAUGUCGCUCCUCCAAGACGAUCGGGAUCGAGAAUUGGAGCUUGACCCUGUUACAGACGCUCGCCAUUGCCAUGCCCUCUCCCUUUGACUUCCUCUCCAUUCUCUCCAACUACACGAAGCUCAAGUCCCACCUACAGCACCUUGAGACCAUUUCGCCAUCGCACCCCGCCACGGUCGAGCUGCGGCUGCUCGUCGGCGAUCUCCUCCUCGAUAGGGCUCUGUAUGCAGGUAUCGGCACCGAGACGUACCGGUCCAACGGCCACCUGUCCCUUGCCCAGUUGCACGACAUGCACCAACGGAGUCUCGAUGCUGGCCUCGACGGCCUGGACGCCUGUUUCUCCCUCGGUCUUCUCCCCGACGUGAUGGACGACGCCUAUCUCGAAGCCCUGGCUUCCAAGUUUACAGAGCUUGCUCUCGUCGGAGACAUGACUGCCCUGUACAACCUCUGCGAGCCCAUCGUUCGCUCUGGCGAGGUUGAGUGGGAGAUGAACACUGACCUGCUCCUCCAACUCCUCGACCGGGGUCGGCUAGAUAUCUACCGUUACGUCCUCGACCUUGCUUCCCGAACGAGGGACAGGUCUUCGGUCCAGCCUGCGUCGUUCCUCCGCGACAUCACACAUGAUCCGCUCCACGUCGCCAUCCGCCUCGGCCACGUCCAGCAAGUGGACAGUCUCCUCCAACAGGGGACGUCCUUCAUUGGCGUUCACCACAGUGACUUGACGGAAGGCAGCGCAGACCACGUUGUCCUCACGCCUCUUUCUGCUGCCGUCUAUUGGCGGCAACCCCGUAUUGUCCGGGUGAUUCUUUCCAAAAACAUCUUUGCGGACGGGAUGAAGGAAGCAGUUGCCAUGGCGGUCUCGGACGGAGACAACGACAUGAUGCAAAUCCUGUUUUCUUUCGGAGUCAUGGGCGUGUCUGGAACUCCAGUGCCAGACAAUCCAUUCGAGUCCUUCUCGGAACUCAGCCUUCAAGUGGGAGCCGGAGAAGUGCCUUUGGCGCCCCCGGGCACGGAGAUUGCCGUUCGCUUCGCGGGCCACCAGCAUCCGCUCGAUAGCGAUAGGCCAGGCCCGUCGGCUGGCAUCCAAGGUACGAAUCGUCAGGAACGAGACCGAGCAGCCGAGAUGCCCAAGGAGCCUCUUCGCGACGUCUGCAUCUGCUCGGAACACAUCGAGAUACGAGAUGUCGCCAGCAGAUUCGCCUUCGCAGACGGUGUUUGGGGUCGUGGCCUAAAGGUGUUCCGUGGUUUGAUGCAAGACAGCCCGCCUUCGACCCUGCCGGAGGUUGUCGACUCCCUCGUUGUGGCCAACGCCAUCUAUCUAGCCCUCUUUACACAUGACGAGACAAUAUCUCCGCAGUUCAUCAACGACCUCGACCGCUGGCGCUCGGUCCUGCCAGCCUCGUCCCAGUACCUUUUUGACGAUGUAGCACUCCGGAUGUGGGCUUAUGCUCCAUCAACCGCGGCGGCUUCGGAGCCGGAUCCCGUCAACGUCUCUCACUUUCAAGACUUGGUCCAGAGCCUGACAAGACUUGAGAAAAGCAAGGAAACCGCGCCAUCGCGAAUGUUCAGCCCCGGGAGUAGUCUUGCAGCCUGCCAGAGAGCGUUCGAGGACCAGGAAACUAGCCCGGGGAUCAGCCAGGCUCAGGCGAUCCCUGGCCGCUCACAGCCGUGUCAAAGCUCCUAUGGGGGUCCGCCGGCCCAGCGGGACGACCUUGUAUGGGCCGAGUUUCUGCACAUGGAGCAAUUCGAGGACAUGGCUUCGGAACAGACGGGGCCAUCGCUGGCAGAGGCCGGAGGCUGGGAUGACGUGAUGCCCACGACGAUGCUGCUGCUCGUUUCGGUAGCGUUUUACGUCGUGCUGGCGCUGAUUUUGCAUCUACACUCUACGCCGGGGAAACCCGUGCUUGAUACCUUUGCAUCGACGCCUGGGGUAUACGACCGGUGCUGCGCCCUCCUCGCAGCCUACCUCGCGAUGUACGGCGUCUCGGUCCGUCCUCCUGACGAUGACGCCAACGUCGCGAUGCCGUCGUUCACCCCGCAAUCGCCGGCGUACGGGUUAGACGCAUGCAUCACCCCGUCGAGCAGCUUAUCGUCCCUCAACACGCUGGGCGUGCGCCGCAACGAGUCGUUAUCCAGCAUCAGCAGCACAGAGAAUGCCGGCGCAACGUCGGCGUCCUCGCGCGAUCAGCACCACCGGCAGCAACAGCGCGGUGAGAGGCUGCCGUGCUUCACGCCGCGAUGCGCCAAGACGUUCUCGAGCGUCAGCAACCGCAACAAGCACCUCCGCGAGGGUCAUGAGCUCCAGCGCAACGACGAUGACGGUACGAAUGGGGGACAAGGUUAG